AUGGCAUCGGCAACACCUCCACGGCGGUUCAAGGUCGAGCCUAUCGAGACGAGUACCAAGUCGUCUAAAGACCGGCCUCAGGAAAAGCAGGUAGUGAAACCAAAACUAGUUCGAAGAUUCGCUCCUGAGCCAAUUGAGACCAUCAAGAAAACACAACGCAAAUUUGUGCCGGAACCCGUCGAGACGACAAAGAAGACCAAUCGUCGCUUUGCGCCUGAACCUAUAGAGACCUGUUCGCGGAGUAGUCGUAAAAAAUUUGCUGAAGAAUGGCAGGAGCAAACGUCUCCGAGCAGCCCAAGAAGGUUCAAACCUGAGCCAAUGGAGACUAUGACUAGCAGCAAUCGCAAGCCCAAUUCGCAGCGGCCACCUAAGAAGUUCACGCCUCAGUUGAUAGAGACCGCUCAGCGAUCUCGCAAGGCGGGUGACAUUACUCCAGCUAUUCUCCCUUCGGACAAGACUGAGGCGACUCCCGACAACAUCAUCAGCCCUAGGAGAGCACGAAUUUUAGGCAUUCCGCCAACUCCACCAACGAAUACACCCAUUCUGGAUCUACCUCAAAACCCACUGUUCUUAGAGAUACAGCGCAAUGCAUCUCCUUUGUCAAGGCGGCGGUCCUACUUCAGUUCAUCUCAGCAUUCAUUUCGCGUACCCGAUCUGGAUCCCAUUGAAUCCUCCGAAUCAGAGGCUUCAAGCCCGUCAUCACCUACUACAUCACCGUCAGUUACCUCUGAUCACUCAUUCAUGUACAAAGAAGCCACGCGAAGACGAGAGAGUGUGGACGACAGGUUUUCUGGCUACUUGCUUGAGUUGGCCGCUAAAGCCGCCGAGAAGCAGCUGCGCGAACAGGCGAUGGCUGCGUUUCCAAAUGACGAUUACCAUGAGCCUGUAGACCAUUAUGUUGAUCAUGAUGUGGAAGAUACAGAAAUGUCUAUCGAUGAGGCGAAACACGGAGAGCGGUCAUCAUUUACAGAGGUCAAUUGGGAACUAGAGGCCAUGCGGAGACAUCAGGAGAAGCAAGAGCCAGAAAAGGGAAAAGAGAAGCAAGAAGCUCCUUCUAGCAAGCAAAAAGAGCAAACGAAGCCGGCCUAUAAUCCUUUUGGGAACCCAGCCGGGUUCCUAGACACUGCCACAGCCAAAAAGCUUGCAAAGGAUCCGGAGUUGGAGCGUAUGCGAAAGGGUGCCCGUCCUCCGAUGCUCGGCGAGGAAAUCAAGUUUCCACGAUGCACGUCCCCUGAGCCAUCGCGUUUUGAUCCCACACAAGGAUGUGAUGCUGUCCGUACCGCCAUGUGCUACCUCUCGGAGCAGUCAAAAGCUGCCGAGAAGGGAGAAAGUCUAUGGUGCGGGCGGGGCAAUGGCAAACAGACAAGCCAGACGCCACCUCUUUGGUCCAAUGCCAACAGUCGGGGUUCAAGUACUCAUGGCCUAUGGGGUGGUUUCUGUGUAAAUGGCGGAGAGAAGUCUCCUCGAGGACCUACUGGCCUUCUUACUCCUUAUAAUGAGAAGCCCAAUCCUUUCUCACCCUGCCCGACUCCUUCAAGGAGCUUACUGCCUCCAACACCACCAACAUCCACCUACGGUAUCGCGACUGACUUCUCCGGCAUCGAUGAGAAGCUCGCUAUCGAACAGACUAUUACAGAGGACUUCGGCGACGAUUUCGUUACACAGGUUUACAACUACUUGUCUCUCGGGUACCCUUCGAUGGCCCGUCCGUUUGAUACAGAGCUGUCGAAGAUCUCGAAGAUCUCAGUCUUCGAGCUAAGGCAGGACGAUUACCUCGCAGAGUCCCGAGGUUAUAUUCGACUUGGGAAAGAUGGUAAUCUCACCGACCGCGCAAUCACCGAGGAAACGUGCAUGCGAUGGCGCGCGCUACGAAUAUACAUCCAAGAGUGGGCGAGACAACACCCCAACAUGGCUGAAGAUGAGUUCUUCGUCGGUGGUCGUGGCACUGCGGUCAGAAAGGGUAGUUGGGCUCUGUAA